AUGAUAGGGGAGGACCCUGACACUGCUGCUGCAGGCUCAGCAGCACGAGCAGGAAGAGCAAAAGCAGCACGUACAACUGCAGCAGCAGCAGCAGCAGCAGCAGCAGGAAGUCGUUGCUGCGCUCCCGAGUUGCUGCAGCGUGACGCUGAAGUGUCUGCAGCACAAUUUGCAAUUCAAAAGCAUACUCGGCUGCUGGAAUUAGAAAAAAGAAGGCUAAGAGAUCUCUCUGAUGCAUCUUUAAGAGCACAAGCUGAAUAUGAAGACAAGCGCUCUCGUUACGCCUUUAAUAAACCAAAUAUAAGAAAAGAGUUUCAUCAAGCAGAGCAGCAAAUACAUUUACUCGAAGACAGAGUUGCUUUUGCUGCAUCAAAACAUAAUACAGAGAUAUCUUUUGCUGCUGAAUUAAGGCUGGCUAUAGACAAACAAAGAAAAGAAAGACUUUCAUUAGAACAAGCACAUCUGCUGCUUACAAAAGAAGCAGCAGCGCAGCAAAGUGAACUGCAUGCAAUCAAGCAGCAAAUUGCUGAGCUCCAGCAGCAAGAGCAGCAAGCUCUCCAGACAAAACGCAAACUCUAUCAAGAAAGAGAUAAAGAAAGAGCAGAGUUUAAACAAACGCUCGAAAAAAAGCAGCAAGUCCUAAAGCAACAUGAGCAGCGACUAAAAGAAAUGCUGCAGCAAGCCAGCAAAGACAAUCAGAAGCUGCAAGCACAAAUUCGCAGCUCAGCUUGUGCUGCUGCUGAUGGCGAGCAGCAAGAAGCAGCAAAAGAAAAACUAAUAAAAGAUAUAUUUAAAGCAACGCUGCUUAAUGCUGCUCAUAGACGCUCUAUUCGUCUGUAUAAAAAACAAAUUCAGAUAUUUGAUAAGGCGAUGGAGAGCAUUAAAAAAUCUACAGGCAUCUCAGGUGUAUAUAAGUAA